AUGAGCGACAACGAACAAACGAGCUCGACGGAACGCCCAUCUACUCGGAAACCCUACGGAUUCGCCUGUCGAGGUUGCAAGAAGAGAAAGGCCAAGUGUGAUGGUCGUAUGCCAGGAUGUGAACGAUGUGAGAGACUCAAGGAGCCAUGUGUAUAUGAAAUGAAACCUCGAACGACCGUCACGGUCAAGCAGACCGUAGCCACUAUCAGGCGACAUCAGGCGUUCCUCAAAGGGUUAUCUGAUGAUCCGGAUCUGCCUAUUAGCUACAAGAAUCGAAUAACUUCAUACCUGGAAGAGGCAGAGUGGUACCCGGAUUUGUACGCGAACGUCACGUUUACGAGCGAAGCCGAAUCUUCACCUCGGAUCAAUGCCAAUAAUGUGACAUCUGGACUUCCGAUCACGACAAGAAGGCAUCAAGUCGACGGUACCACCGAGCAGAAAGAUAGCUGGCUCGCGGAAUCCAAUCAUGUCCAGACGUCUUCGGUCUUUGAACACGAGCCCAGUGUCCAGGACUCCAAUCAACGGGAAGAUCUGGACGAGAUGUUGCUCCAUCUGAGCAUGGACGAGAGCGGCAAGAUCUCUCACUUUGGAUCCACCUCCAUGCUGUACCAACAGCCUCCCGCCCACGUCGUCAACCGUCACUUUGCUGUCGAUGGGGUUUCUUCCGGGUCCGACCCGACAGCGUCAUACCAAACGGCGCUUGAGACACAGCAACAUGGAUAUGAGCCGUCACAGCAUCUACAAUCUUGGGGGCUAGAGUCGAGUGUGCGAUCGGACCAGACGUCUUUGGGCAUGGGAAUCACAGAGCUGGAAUCGUGGAAGAACCUCGCUUACAAUCGGCUACGGCUCGAUUUUGCGGACGAGGCGGAGAUCAUAUUGCAACUGCUCGAAGGCUAUUUCUCGUGGCAGUACGCUGUACACUGCGUGAUCUACAAGCCAGCAUUCUUCCGGGACAUGGCUCUAGAUGGAUCCAACUUUAAUCAGUUCCUGCUCUGCACACUGUGUGCCGUAGCAGCCAACAAUCUCCGCAGCCCGGCUGUUCCUUCGACGAGUCACGUCGGCGGCCUGUCCGUCAUCGGACGGGACGUUCUCAACGCGGCGAAUUCUGGAUUCGAGUCGGGUACGCGGACGCCCGCUGGGAGUGACACUGGUAUCGAGUAUCUCGCCAAGGCCAAAUUGCUAUUACAAGCCGAGAUGGACAAGAUUCCAUUUACAUCCUCAAACCCGCUCCCUUGUGUCUACACGAUACGAUGGCCCAGCUCGAUUCCGACAAUACAAGGACUACUCCUGCUCGGUCAACGAGAAUGCGCGUAUGGUAAUCUCAGUCAAGGUUGGAUGUAUACCGGGAUGGCCUUUCGUGCGAUGCGGGAUCUCGGCAUUCAUCUCGAUUGCAACCGCCUGCCCAAAUUUGGGUUCGGGACCUUGUCAGCCGAAGAUCGGGAGAUCCGCAGACGUCUCUUCUGGUCUGCAUAUACCUGGGACAAGGUCAUCAGUCUCGCUCUGGGACGCGCGCCGACUUUCAACGCCUUUCAGAAUGCGUCUCCAGGCGACAUUGUGGAUAGCAGCGAGGAUGAUGCGCUCUGGAAGCCGUAUUACGGUGCAGACGGUGACGCAGACACUAUGGCGGUAUAUCCACCCCGGAAGAGCUACGUUGCGCUGACCUUUCGGGCCUGGACUCGGCUCUCCGAAAUAAUUCAAGGUAUCACUUUGCGAAUCUUCACCGGACGACCAAAGGCUGCCCAGCAGCUGGGAUUCGUUCGCGACAAGCACGAGGCGUUACUCAGGUGGUUCCAGAAUUUGCCAAUCGCAAUCAAGAUGGAGGUCGCCAAUCUUCCCGAUGUCUGUCCCCCACCGCACAUCUUUACGCUCAAUGCGAUGUAUCGCACGGCGUGGAUUUUAUUAUACAAACUCUACACGCCUUAUGGUCUCACGGCCCAGAUGGCUCCGCUCGAGGUUUGUCGUCAAGCCACCGAGAUCUGCAAUACGAUGGCGACAGAGCUGCAUCAACUCUUCAAGCUGUACGGAACGACAUUCCGCCUCAAGCACAUGACGUACACGCUCUCGUAUGCGAUGUAUGCGGCGGCAACUAUACAUGCGAUGAAUUUCCGGUCGACGGACCUUGGUGUCUCUGGACCUGCCGCGGAGAUGCUGCCGUUCUCUCUUCACGUCCUGGACAAGUGCAGAGUGCACACCCCAGGAGUUCGCCGCGACAGCUCGCGAAAACGCAUGGCGCAAGAGACCGCGCUGCCAGUCACAAAGCGCAGACAUUUCGUGGAGCCACUCGAACAAUACGCUCGACAUGGCCUGCUGGAAGUCAGCCCCGGUACCGGUCAGGUCGAGCUGAGCACGGAUCCAGGGUCGACCCUGCUCACCGACGCAAACUCGUUGAACGAUCUCUACUUGCAAGCCAUCCUGGAUAACUGGCAUACCGAAGCCAUCCCUUCGCCACAACACGCUUGGGAUAUGGACACACUCGCCGGCAUGGCCAACGCGUCGAUGGGGUUCGAUUGGAGCGCUUGGAAUUCGCAGUAA